UCGCGCUGCAUGUCGGGAUACAUCGCGCUCUUGUUUACAAGAUGGUAGGAGAAAAUAGCUUGCUCUGAUUUCCAAACAGAAAGUAUUAACUAGGACUUGCUAACGUUGUCGUUGUUCAGCCGUGUACAGACGACGGGUCGCUGCGCUAUUUCAAGCGGUUAGAAUCGGAGUGACGUGACGUGACGUGACCGUGGCUCAAACAGCAGCUCUCCGACUGACACAGGAGGGUUUUUUGCACUGUCACUGACAGAGCUGCAGACAGGACUAUAAGGUUAGCCCAUAUCACAGAGAACUGUCCAUUGGCUCUGCAGACGUGUACCUGAAUCCAGCCGAAUGAACAGAGCGACUGCAAAGCAUCUAAUUGAGCGCUACUUUCGGCAGUUAACUGACGGCUGUGGAAAUGGCGACUGCGCGAAUGAGUUUUGCGCAUCAUGCCGUGACUUCCAACCUUUGGAUAACAAUUCAGCGGCUGCCAAAGCGCUCGAGCUGUUUAAGAUUAAUGCCAAACUCUGUAACCCUCACCCCUCCAAGAAAGACUCUGACACCCCUCGUGUGGACAGUACGGACCUCUGUCCCACCAGGGAGAACUUCUCAGAUGUUCAUUACCUCACAGAGAACACAGUAUCUAUGAUCCUGAGUUUCUGCGAGGAGAAAGGGGACUACUCGGCUCUCAAUCGCAUCAUCGGCAGGAUUUUCUCCAGUGCAGAUGCCUUGGUGCAGAGUUUCAGAAAGGAUGAACCCAACCCUACUGGAAGCCGUGGCUCUCCUGAACCAACAGAUGUGGACAAGCAUGUGAAGCAGAGUGAGCAACCCGCGGAGAAGAUGGGUGCUUCGUCUGCCGCUGCUUUACCAGACGAGGGUCUCAACGAAACGUUUGACCCUUGCGAGGUGACGGUGGACAUCGGCGCCGUGCGCAGAGUCUACGACAAAUUUCUAAGCCUGGACCAGGUAGAGGCUGCUCUUGUAAACGCACUCGUUUACCUCACUCCAAACAUGGAACUUGACCUGGAAUACCUUGACGUGUACGAAACAAACCCAGAUUAUCUGAACAUCUUCAUCAUCGUGCUGGAGAACCGGAACCUUCACAGCCCCGAGUACCUGGAAGUGGCGUUGCCGCAGUUCUGCAAAGCCAUGUGCAAGCUGCCGGUGAGCGCACUCGCCAGGCUGUCAAAGCUCUGGUCCGCGUACGGUCUCCCGCACAUUCGCCGUAUGAUGGAGACCUUCCAGCAGCUCAUCACUUUCACAGUCGUCAGCAAUGAAUAUGACAGCGAAAAUCUGGUAAACGAUGACCAGACCGUGGUGGCUGCGACGCAGUGUUUGAAAGUUGCGUUCUACGCAAAUAUCCUGGGCGGAGAAUUGAACGUGGAGCACAACGAGGACGAAGAGGAAGACCCCGAGUCCGAUGAGCUCACCCUGCAUGAGCUGCUGGGCGAGGAGCGGCUCUAUAAGAAGGGUCCUCGGGUCGAUCCUCUGGAGAAAGAACUGGGCGUCAGACCCGUGGACAGCAUCAAACCCCUCAUCCCUUUCGAGGAGUUUGUUAACGAGUCGCUGAACGAAGUGGUGGAGAUGGACAAGGAUUUCACCUUCUUCAAGGUAAACGCCGAAACCAAGUUUUCUUUCCAGAGCUGCCCGUUCAUCCUCGACGUCAUCACCAAGAACCAAGGGCUGUACUACGACAACAGGAUCCGGAUGUACAGCGAGCGGCGCCUCACGGCCCUCUACAGCAUGGUGCAGGGCCAGCAGCCCAACCCCUAUCUCAAGCUCAAAGUACGCCGAGAUCACAUCAUCGACGACGCCCUCGUCAGACUGGAGAUGAUCUCCAUGGAGAACCCGUCCGACCUGAAGAAGCAGCUGUUUGUUGAGUUCGAGGGGGAGCAAGGUGUAGAUGAGGGAGGGGUUUCAAAGGAGUUCUUUCAGUUGGUCUUGGAGGAAAUUUUCAAUCCUGACAUAGGAAUGUUCAGCUACGACGACGACACCAAACUGUUUUGGUUUAAUUCGUCCUCACUGGAGAAUGAAGCGCAGUACACCCUGGUUGGACUCGUCCUGGGGCUCGCCAUUUACAACAACUGCAUCCUGGACGUACAUUUCCCUAUGGUUGUCUACAGGAAACUCAUGGGCAAGAAAGGGACCUACUUGGACCUGUCAGACUCCCAUCCAGCUCUCUACCAGAGUCUGAAGGAGUUGCUUCAAUAUAGCGGCAAUGUAGAGGAAGACAUGAUGCUCACCUACCAGAUAUCACACACAGACCUUUUUGGAAACCCGAUCUUAUAUGACUUGAAGGAGCAGGGAGGCCAGAUCCCUGUUACCAAGGAGAAUAGACAGGAGUUUGUGGACAUGUAUGCUGACUACAUACUGAACAAGAGCGUGGAGAGACAGUUCAAAGCCUUCAAAAAAGGUUUCCUAAUAGUCACUAAUGAGUCCCCACUGAAAUAUUUGUUCAGACCCGAAGAAGUAGAGAUGCUUAUCUGUGGAAGCAGGAAACUUGACUUUGAAGCACUUGAAAAGACAACAGAAUAUGAUGGAGGUUAUAGCAAAGACAGUCAAAUCAUCAAAGAUUUCUGGGAAACAAUUCACUCAUUUGGAGAGGAGCAGAAGAGGUUGUUUCUUCAGUUUACCACCGGCACAGAUAGAGCACCAGUUGGCGGGCUCGGCAAAUUAAAAAUGAUCAUCGCCAAGAAUGGCUCGGACACAGACAGGCGUGGAUGCGCCGCGUUCUGGCUGCACCGUGGUUUUCUUCCGUCGUCUGCCGUGCGUCAUACCACACCGGGAGCGUCUCAGAAGCGUUUUGUCUUGCAUGCCCAACUCGCAGAUUUCGUUGUUUUGGUCAUUUUUCCUGGAUAUUUGUGCUUCUACCAUAAAAGUUACCAACCUCUCACACCUGCUUUAAUGCACUGCUGCUCCCAGAAUACUCCUCCAAGGAAAAACUGAAAGAAAGACUUCUCAAGGCCAUCACAUAUGCCAAAGGUUUUGGGAUGCUGUGACAGAUCCACAAAGAAAGUUUUCGGACUGCAUUUUAACAAAAAAAGGGGAAAGAGGGAAAUGACAUAAAACAAAAUGCUGCAAUAACCCUGUGCCUAACCAACCUCUACCCGUCAUACUCCACUGUUGGCCUUUCACUCUGAGGCCUAACUUCCUCCGAUAGUUUGUUUCAUAUACUGUACAGUACAGUAGGUUUGCCAAAGAGUUUAAAACGGCACUUAAAUAAUGUAUUUCUUUUUGAGUUUCUGGGCAAACAUGAACAAUAUUUGAUUUGUGAAACUGUGAAAGUGCACUUAUACACAGGGUUUUAGUGAAUGCCAGCACAAGCAGUAUAUCUAUUUGGACUUUUCUCAUGUUUUUCAGUUCUUCGUGGUUUAGCAGUAUUCAGUUCUAAGGCUCUCUUCCCACAAGUGGGAUUGGACUGAGCAUAAUGGUGCUCCUUGGUAACGAUUGGCAUUGUAGUAUAUUAAGCUGCAGCAUUUUAUAUUACUGCUAACCCAAAUAGCCUCUCUGACAAGCUCAUACAGUAUUUAAACUAUUUCCUGUCAGUGUGAGAGCAAACUCGCCACUAACCUAAAGGUCAUUUUGAAGUAUUUCUGUGUUGUGCCUCUUGUACUACAUAUAAAAUGAAUACUGUGUGUUGUGAAACAGUGAACCUGACCAGAUAGUGUGGUUUCGAUGGCUUGCAGGGUUUCAGGAUGACUGGUCGGUUCAGACUUUCACAUCCUGAAAAAAAGUGUUUCUCUUCCCUUGGUUUGUUUGCUAUUAGGUGUUUCUGAUUGCACAUUUGAAUGUGCAGUUGCCAAACGUGCAAUGCCUAUAUAAGGAAAAGAGUCACAUGAAAUGUUUUAUUUGGCCAAAUAUCUCAGGUACAUAAAUAAUGUGCAGAUAAUGUGAAACUCUUAUGUAAAGCAACUAUUAUGCAAAGAAAUUAAAGGUGAAAAAAAAAUCUA